UUAGGAAAACCUUGAGUCUAAGAAAGCAAAGAUCAAAUUGAUGAUUGAUGACAGAAUGGAAAAGAUAAAGGAAUUCACAGACUUGCAGAGAAAAAGCAAAUAAAGAGGUAGAUAACGGUGAUAAGCUCUUCAAUACUCUGAUGAAUCAUGUACAAGUGGCCCAUACUAAGCUAAAAUCAAAUAUCGAUGAGAAGGUCCAAAAAUCCCAAGAGAAAGAGAAAGUGAUGAUUGAGGAGCUGCAAGAGGAGAUCUCCCUACUGCAGAGGAAGAACUGUGAGCUGGAGGAGCUUUCACAAAGUGACGACCACCUUCAUCUUCUGCAGACUUUGCAGGCCCUGAACACCAUAUCAGAUGCCAAGGACUGGUCUAAGAUCAGGGUUUACCCAGACCUGUGCGUGGAGAUGCUGAGAACCAUGACUCCUCUUGUGCACACUUUCCUAUCAGAACUAAAAACCCUGACAGACCCGGAGUGUGUCACCUUUGACCCAGCCACAGCGGGUUGCCACCUUGUGGUGUCUGAACAUGGGAAACCAUUAACGCACUACAAACGUUCGAGGCCCUCAUCGUCAAAUGACCCAAAGAGGUUCGACUGUCCCAUGGUUUUGGGGACAAAGGGCUUCACCUCUGGACGUCACUACUGGGAAGUCCAAUUACUGUAAUAAAAGUGAAUUGCGCUAUUAACAGGUUUUAAUUAUCACUAAAAUAAACAUCUACAGUAGAUGGGGGGGGGGGGUUUCUUGCCCUUUUUUGGAGCUGCAACUGUAUUCUGAGCUGCUUUAUCAUGAGAACAUUAGUUUAUGAGCCUUCAGGAAAUGACAGUCCAACAGAGGCGCCCUCUUUCCCAGCAGUGAUAGGUGUGUCUAUACCUAUACAGGGGAAUAACCAACUGAUAGAGUGCAACACAACACUGUUGGCGCCUCAGGAAUGACGAGCUGGUAGCUGCAAAACAAAAGGGGCAGUGACGGACUGGCCAUCUGGAAUUUGUGCAAAUGCCAGAAGGGCCGCACCCCUAUGGACCCCUAUGGGCCACUACUGAUAAAGUUAUUUUAUGCAUGCAGCUGCAAGAUCUACAACCAAUGGAAUACAUCAUCUGUGCAUGCUGAUAGCAUCAGCAAAUCUGCCCACUUGCAUGUUCUCACACAUGCAAACACAGACAACCCUUUGACCUAAUGUCAGAGCCUCCAAAGUGCUGCAUCUGUCUGGACGAGUUUACCAGCCCUGCUUCCCUCCCCUGCGGACAUUGCUUCUGCCUGGGCUGUAUAGGCGAAUACUGGAGGAUCAAUGGGGCCUGUCAGUGCCCACUCUGCAAGGCCUUUUUCCCCACCAGGCCACAGCUGAAAACAGACCAAACACUGCAUGCUGGUGCCCCGACUGAGGAGGCAGCUGAGCCUUUAAAAGCUGGAGAGGUUCCCUGUGAUCUCUGCCCAGUGAAGCAUAGAGCGGUCAAGUCCUGUCUGGAAUGCCUGGCCUCAUACUGUCCCACUCAUCUGGAGCCACAUUACCGGAGCGAAGAGCUUGGGUGCCAUCUUCUGAUCAGUGUGGUAAAGAACCUGGAGGACUCUGUGUGUAGACUGCAUGGAAAGCAGCUGAACAGGUUCUGUAGGAGUGACCGAACGUGCAUCUGUGCCAUGUGCGCCCAGACAGAACACAGGGGCCAUCGCAUCAUUUCUAUCAACAAGGAAGCUGCAAAGAAGAAGGUUAAGCUAAAAUGGAGAAGGGUGAAACUUCAGCAAGCCAUUCAAGAGAGACUGAUUAAAGUUGACAAAAUCAAGCUCUCUGUAGACCUCAGUGGAGAAAACCCUAAAGAGGCAUGGGCACAAAAUAAAGAGCUCAUCAGACAACUGGAGGAAGAAAUCUCUGAGCUGCAGAGCAGAAACACUGAGCUGGAGCAGCUCUCACAGACUGAAGACGACCUCCACUUCCUACAGAUGUGCGCCAUGGUCGAAAGUCAACAUAUCAAUCAAUGAAAUCACUUUUUUUUUUUUUUUUUAAUACCCAGUAUUUGUUACAUUAAACACUGCCACUGUUCCUUUAAUGCACACUCGCUCUCUCUCGUCUCUACAUACAUUUCUUUACACUGCUCCAUCUUACUGUUUGGACAAGCAUGAUGAUUUACCUUUUAGAGCAGGGAUCUUCAACAGGAGGUCCGGGACCCCCAUGGGGUCCUCAG